CGCUAGCUAUAAAGCUCGCCACCCCAGCAUACUCAGCCUCUCACACUAUAGCGAUCCACAAAUCGCAUUGCACACACUCUUGCUCGAUCGAUCUCUUGCACAAGAUCACACGAGUCAAUUAGUUCGACAACAAAGAGGCGGAGCAGGAAGUGAAGCUGCGAAGGCUCGUCGUAGCCGGCACCGGAGAGGAGGAAGAAGCUUAAUCUGAGAAUGAUCGGGUGGGGGGACUUGUACAAGGUGUUGGCCGCGACCGUGCCGCUCUACUUCGCCCUGUUCCUCGGCUACGGCUCGGUGCGGUGGUGGCGCAUCUUCACGCGGGAGCAGUGCGACGCUGUGAACCGGCUCGUCGCCUUCUUCGCACUCCCCUUCUUCACGUUCGAAUUCACGCUCCACACCGACCCGUUCGAGGUCAACUACCGCGCCGUCGCCGCGGACGUCAUCUCCAAGGCCGUCAUCGUGGCCGUCAUCGCCAUCUGGGCCAGGUUCUUCCUCUCCGGCGCCGGCAAGGGAAAGGGCGGCACCGCCGGGAGCUGGUGCAUCACCGGCUUCUCCCUCUCCACGCUAACGAACUCGCUCGUCGUGGGAGUGCCGAUGUUGCGAGCCAUGUACGGCGAGUGGGCGCAGCAGCUCGUCGUGCAGCUUUCUGUCUUUCAGGCCAUCGUCUGGCUCACGCUGCUGCUCUUCGUGCUCGAGGUCCGGAAGGCCGCCAUCGGCAUGUACGUCGACGUCGCCAAGCAGAGCGUCGUCGUCCACGACGCCAUACCCGAGUCGCCGGUCAAGGCCGACGUCGAGGCGGCCGUCGGCAGCGUCGAUGAGGCGGCUGGUGUCGUGGCGGUGACCGUCAGCGGCAAGCCUUCGGUGUGGAGACUGGUGAAGACGGUGGCCCACAAGCUGGCGCGCAACCCGAACACGUAUGCAAGCUUCGUCGGCAUCACCUGGGCCUGUGUUGCCAACAGGCUACACAUCGAGCUGCCAAGUGUCCUGGAGAACUCGGUGCUCAUCAUGUCCAAGUCAGGCACAGGAAUGGCCAUGUUCAGUAUGGGAUUGUUCAUGGCGCAGCAGGAGAAGAUCCUGGCGUGCGGGACGAGCUUUGCGGCGCUAGGUUUGGCCCUCAAGUUCGCCCUCGGGCCGGCCGCCAUGGCCAUCGGCUCCAUCGCCGUCGGCCUCCGCGGAGACGUCCUCCGCGUGGCCAUCAUACAGGCUGCACUACCUCAAUCAAUCACGUCAUUCAUAUUUGCAAAAGAAUAUGGGCUGCAUGCUGACGUCCUAAGUACUGCGGUGAUUUUUGGGAUGCUUGUCUCACUGCCAUUGCUAGUAGGACUUUAUAUAGUCUUAGAGCUAAUUAGGUAGACGCAGAGACUUGGAUACAUCAGGAAAGUAUAGAUUUCCCCUGAAGCUGCCCAAAGAUAAAUGCUGACAACGGGUGUUAUGAAAUAUCUGAUAACUACAUUCUUCAUCCCAUGAAACUGCAGUGGUAGUUAUCUGAGUGCUAUGGAAUACUCUUAACACAACAAGAAGGCUUACUUAUUUUGUUAUUCAAAAGAAUGUAUUACAAGAAUGUUUGGUUUUGAGUCUGA